ACUAUACCACCCAACGGGUCACCAUGCCGAAACUAGUCAAGUACGUCGUGGCCACAGGUGCGUGGAUGGAGCGCGCCUUCGAGUUUUUUGCCGCACCACGACUACGGUGGCUCGAGAUGGACACAGAACGAUGUGAGAUCCCGUCCUACACGUUCGAUGCGCCAGUCUACGAAUUCCUCGAGGUCUCAAAGCCACCAGUAGAAACGUUUGUCGUUCGGCAUAUCUCCGCCUUCGUACUUCACUUGUUGCGCCAACUACCCACAGUUCGCCAGAUUGCUUUCCUCAAUGCAGAGGCAGACUACGGUGCCGCAUACAAGCAGGUGCUUGAUGGGAUGACCCAGUCGAUCUUCAACCUCGAAGCCAAAGCACCUAUUUGCCCUCAGCUAGAGUCGUGGUGCACCGACCUCCCGCUAGAUGAAUCACACCUGCUUAAGCUGCUCGACUUUGCAACAGCAAGGAACGAGCACGGUUGGCGGAUCGAGCGAAUAAUGUUCAAGCCCCUAUUCCACUGGGAUAUGAAAUUCUAUCCGCCGCCAUCAUCAACUUACUCAUCCCCCAGUCCGCCUUCAGAUGCAUCGGGCUCACCAGGAUCUGAUGGGUCAUUGCAAGAUACGGCGUACGAAAGUGGCUAUCGGCGAAUGCCCACACCUGAACUAUGGCUUGAUUAUCUUGGAGCCGAGCCUGUCCGCGGGGAUAGGAUCCUCGCCAUGGAGGUUGAUCAAUUCAUUAUGGGUGAUCACAUUUACGACCUGGAAACAGAACAUUGGCUCAAGGAUCAUGUCGUUCGCCCUCAGGAGCGUUUCUUUCAUGAACACAUGACCCGGCGGGAUGGGUUUAUAGCCAGUUGAACCUGGCCCUUCCGUGCUCCUAUGGGGGCACGCGGCACUGCGCCAACUCUGUCUCUGGAUAUUGCCACAACGCCCAUUUCGAGUCCCGGCUCAUGCACAAAGGCGCACCCACGAGUGCGGACCACCGCGGCCCGGGAUGGACCACUUGGGCGGGGUGGAGUGACGUACGGCUGACAACAUGUAGAGGCAGCCGCGAAGUACGUAAUGAGUUUGUGCGCGGCCGUGGAAAAUGGUUAGGGGUUGGUGCAGAGCCAUGCUGGCACAGAUACGAGUUGCGAGUGGUCAAAAAAAGGUCGGAUGAUUAACGGAUCAUUUACGGGUCGCUCUAUUCGCAGAGCAAGCUCGCCGACCAUGGAGAAGGCCUUCGACGCUCGCAGGAGGCGCGGGUUCUCAGUGAGGCUCGUUCCUGUUGCAAUUCGCUUCUUGGUUCUCUUUGCUGUAUACUAGUGGGACGACAGCGUUCGAUUCUUGUGUAGCGGUGACUGGCUGUUUCGCCGUUGUUCUGUUCUUGUUGCUAUGUGCUAGAAUGUUGGCUGGAGCAUCUGUCGCCGAACGCAGGGAUGGGGCCGAUCUACUGUAUGUAGUAACGGGAGUUCGAGGUCCUACUGUAUCUUCGUGUUGUUCUAAUGGAUGGAUAUUGCG